AUGCGCCUCACUAUCCUUCUCGCCCUCUUGCCCGUUCUGGCCAAUGGACACAUGGAAAUGAUAUCUCCCUUCGCACUCAACCAACAACAAAAUCCGAACGCAAAAUCGGGAGCAAUCGACUACAACUACGCCGCUCCCCUCGACGUAUCCGGCUCAAAUUACCCCUGCAAGGGUCACCUCUCCGCCCUUGGAGGGGCCGCCGGGGCUUCUGUGGCGACAUGGCAAGCGGGCAGCACACAAUCCUUCACCAUCAAGGGGGGCGCAAGCCAUAUGGGUGGCAGUUGCCAAGCGUCACUCUCCGAGGACAAUGGAAAAAGCUUUCGUGUGAUGAAGUCAUACAUUGGUGGUUGCCCCGUCCCCGACAAAGCAUUCACUUUCACGGUCCCCAAAGAGGCAAAGAAUGGUCCGGCGGUCUUUGCCUGGACUUGGUUUAACAAUCAGGGGAACAGAGAGAUGUAUAUGAAUUGUGCGUCCGUUACCAUCGCCAACGGUGGGAGUGGGAUGGGAGCGUCAUAUCCUUAUAUCUUCCGGGCAAACAUCGGGAAUGGAUGCACCACCGAGGGGGGUAAGGACGUGGUUUUCCCCAACCCCGGGAACGAUGUCGAAAAAUCAUCCACCAAGAUGGCACCCCCUAUCGGGGAUUGCGGUCCGGCCGGACCUGGGCCGGUUCAAGCGGGCGCGGGAUAUGGAAAGUUGCCCAAAACUACCCAGCCAACAAACGCUGCGCAGGCAACCCGCAUCGCGCCUUCCGGAACCGCAGUGACCCUGGAGAAAUCGCCAGCCGCAACCAAGAGUGCUCAGCCCCCCGCCAAAAGUGCUGAAGGGUCGACUCCCCCUUCCACAAACACUCCUCCUCGUCCCUCUCGGAAGGGGUGUAGCUGUGUCUGCGACGGAUACACUUUUCAGUUCUCGACGGACGAGCUGUAG